CACAGGUGUGUCCCUGGGCUCUGGCUGCCAGCCCCACUCGGUGCCCGAGACAUCUGCUGAACUCACCUACCACGAGACCCCUACCAGCAGCAGCAGGCUAGCAAGUGACCUACCAUGGAAGGUGCCGAUGCCUCCAGGAGCAAUGGGGCCAGCCCGGAAGCCAGGGACGCCCGCAGCCCACCGGGUCCCAACGGCAGCCUAGAGAAUGACACUAAAGCAGACAGUAAGGACACCAAGGCAACCAACGGGCACAGUGGGGAGGUGACAGAGGGCAAGACCCUGGGCAGUGCCCUGAAGUCAGGGGAGGGGAAGAGUGGCCUAUUUUCCAGCAAUGAGUGGCGCAGGCCUAUCAUCCAGUUCGUGGAGUCAGUCGACGACAAAAGCUCCAGUUACUUCAGCAUGGACUCCGCGGAAGGCAGGAGAUCCCCUUAUGCGGGGCUCCAGUUGGGGGCUUCCAAGAAACCUCCUGUGACCUUUGCUGAGAAGGGGGAGCUGCGAAAGUCCAUCUUCUCCGAGCCCCGCAAACCCACGGUGACCAUCGUGGAGCCGGGGGAGGUCCGCAGGAAUAGCUACCCCAGGGCUGACUCCAGCCUCCUGCUGCGGGCGAAGUCGGGCUCCGAGGAGGUGCUGUGCGACUCCUGCAUCGGCAACAAGCAGAAGGCCGUCAAGUCCUGCCUCGUGUGCCAGGCUUCCUUCUGUGAGCUGCAUCUGAAGCCCCACCUGGAGGGCGCUGCCUUCCGAGACCACCAGCUACUAGAGCCCAUCCGGGACUUCGAGGCCCGAAAGUGCCCCUUGCAUGGCAAGACAAUGGAGCUCUUCUGUCAGACCGACCAGACCUGCAUCUGCUAUCUCUGCAUGUUCCAGGAGCACAAGAACCAUAGCACCGUGACGGUGGAGGAGGCCAAGGCCGAGAAGGAGACCGAGCUGUCACUGCAAAAGGAACAGCUGCAGCUGAAGAUCAUUGAGGUUGAAGAUGAAGCCGAGAAGUGGCAAAAGGAGAAAGACCGGAUCAAGAGCUUUACCACCAACGAGAAGGCUAUCCUGGAGCAGAACUUCAGGGACCUGGUGAGGGACCUGGAGAAGCAGAAGGAGGAAAUAAGGGCUGCACUGGAGCAGCGGGAGCAGGAUGCUGUGGACCAAGUGAAGGUGAUCGUGGAUGCUCUGGAUGAGAGGGCCAAGGUGCUGCAUGAGGACAAGCAGACCCGAGAGCAGCUGCACAGCAUCAGUGACUCAGUGCUGUUUCUGCAGGAAUUUGGUGCAUUGAUGAGCAACUACUCUCUCCCUCCUCCUCUGCCCACUUACCAUGUCCUGCUGGAGGGGGAGGGGCUGGGACAGUCUCUUGGCAACUGCAAGGAUGACUUGCUCAACGUAUGCAUGCGCCAUGUUGAGAAGAUGUGCAAGGCCGAUUUGAGCCGCAACUUCAUCGAGAGGAACCAUAUGGAAAAUGGUGGGGACCAUCGUUACAUGAACAGCUACACAAGCAGCUAUGGGAACGAGUGGAGUACACCAGACACCAUGAAGAGAUACUCCAUGUACCUCACACCCAAGGGUGGGGGCCGGACAUCCUACCAGCCAUCCUCGCCAGGCCGCCUCUCCAAGGAGACCAACCAGAAGAAUUUCAACAAUCUGUAUGGCACAAAAGGCAACUAUACCUCCAGGGUCUGGGAGUACUCGUCCACUAUUCAGAACUCUGAGGACAUGCCCACUGUGCAAGGCAACUCCUCCUUCUCCCUGAAAGGCUAUCCCUCCCUCCUCCGGAGCCAGGUUCCCAAGGCCCAGCCUCAGACUUGGAAAUCUGGCAAGCAGACUCUACUGUCUCACUACCGGCCAUUCUAUGUCAACAAAGGCAGCGGCAUCGGGUCCAACGAGGCUCCCUGAGCUCAGUACGGAGCUCCACUGCCCCGUCCUCCUGUUGCCCCUGCUUCCCAAGCUGCUACGCUUUCGCCUGGGCAGGAGCCCAGCCCCACUCCGCCCUCUCACAGCCUCUGACAGCCCCACCAGGGAACCCUAGCUUUCUCUCUUCCUUUUCUGCUUGGUGACAGACAGUCACUGUGACUUCUAGGUAUGAGGCCAAGUUACCUACCACAGGGGCGUGAGAUAGCUGGGCUUCUUUCUCAUCAACCAGGCCCACACAAGUGCCAGUCUGUCCAUCUGCCCAGGCUCUGCCAUGUCUAGGCUUGGUGACCAUUUCUCUCCACUAGGUGCCUAGUUAAGGCAGCCUCUUUGUUCCCACCCCUUGGGCUCACAUUGUAUUGGUAGCGUGAGCCUGUUAGGAGGAGACUGGUCCUGUAUGUUCUCUCACAUCCCCCAGUAUGGCUGGCCUUGGCCAUGUCUUAGGGGAUGCUCUCAGCAUCUUGGCUUUUUCCUGGUCCAGCGGAGAGGCCCUGCCAUGUCCUCCUUGAGGCUGUAAAGCCAGUGAAUAGGCUAUCCCAUCAGGCAAGAGAAUUGCAGCCUGGACAUUUCUCUGCCAUCGUUUGGAAGAGCAGUUUCCCUGAUGCUUCACAAUCCGCUCAUGAAAGUUUGCGUGUAGAUUUUCACUAAUAUGGGAAUUUGGUGCUCUCCAUGGUAGUGGCCAGCAGGAGGGCUGGUAAGAGUGGUGUCAGUUAAGAGGUACCACCCAUAUCAGGAGAGCCAGCCUCCAUUCAUGUCACAUGUCACUGGGCUUUGAGAGGGCCAAAUCAGGAGCAGCACUGGGUGUUGGAAGCUUGUCUCCCACUCUGGGCCGAUGGGGCCUCAUGGGUCAGCUUGCAGGGGUGGGGAGGGGGUACUUUUAGCUUGGGCUUCCCCCUCCCUGAAUAAACCAUUUGUCUCUUUA